GAUUGUUUCUAGRUGGGAGGUGAAUGCCAUCGGACACCCGGUGGUUCUGCCCCUGACGGUGUGUGAGGAGCUGCUACAGGUGAUGGAUGACAGCAAUGCCUCUCUUCCUGCCUCAAUGCGCUGCAUGAGGUCCUACAAGGUGGCAUACCUGAGACUAUGAAGUCUGAGGAAAAAAGCAUUUAGCCCUAACCAUGCUGUCUGCUCGUGAAAUGAAAUCUGGCCUGGGACAGCUGACAGAAGAACCACAUGAACCAUUUCUGUGCUAAGAUUCAACUUGAUGAGAGGGAGCAGAAUGAAAGUAUGGAGGAUCUUGUUCAGCAUGUUAAAUGUUGGAUUUGUGGUUCCUGAACCAAGUUGAAAACUGAGGCUGCCAGAUUUCAUAAUAUUCAUGACUUGAACUGCUAUUAAAACUAGAACUGACUUUGUAAGGUUUUUACCAUACAGUACACAUUUAAUUUUUGAUAUUUUUAAUUAUAAUGGGGAUUUCAUUCCUACACAUAUGCAGAAUUGUACAUUUGUCCAUUUUUCAGCAAAAACAAGUAAACUGCUUUAAAAAAA